AUGGCGCGCGAGUACGUGAGCAGCAGCGACGAGUCCGAGGCAGAAAGCAGCGCCUCACCUGGAGCGGAGACCCCCGACCAGACGCCUCCGCCGAGCGAUGAGGAAGAAGACGCCGCCGCGCCUCCACCAGCGAAAAAGAAGCGGAAGCUGUCUCCUGUUAAAGCCGCAAAGCCCAAGACCAAAGUAAAAGCUUCAAGUAAAUCCACGGCCAAGCCUGCUAAAGCCGGGGCUAAAUGCUCCCACAAAGGUUGCCGCAAGAAGGCGCUGCAAGGCGGCAGCUGCUUUGAGCACGGCGGAGGCUACACGUGCUCGGAGGAAGGUUGCACCAAGCAGGCCAAAGUCAAGGGAAAGUGCGUGGGACACAGUGGAGGCAACAAGUGCUCGCACCCGGACUGCACCAAGCAAGCCAGAGCCAGAGGACGCUGCCUCGCCCAUGGAGGAGCUAAACUAUGCUCUAUCGAAGGUUGCAGCAAGCAAGUUCUGUCCAAAGGCAAGUGUUUCGAGCAUGGUGGAGGCAGGAAAUGCUCCAAGAGAGGGUGUGCCAAGCAGGUGGUGUCCAAGGGACUGUGCUUUGAGCAUGGCGGAGGGAGCAAAUGCUCCUAUGAAGGUUGCACCAAGCAGGUCCGAGCCGAUGGCGUGUGCUUCGAGCAUGGCGGGGGUAAACCGUGCUCGGUUGAGGGGUGUGACAACCAAGCGGUGAUCCAAGGCAAGUGCUACAACCACGGCAGAAGCGGCCCGUGCGGUCAUUUGGGCUGUCUCCGACAAGCCGAAGCAAACGGAUUCUGCUUUGAACAUGGUGGGGCUCGACAGUGUUUGGUCGAAGGUUGCACGAAGCGCGCCCAUGCGAAGGGAGUGUGUGUCGGUCAUGGUGGAAGUACACAAUGUUCGCAUCGACGCUGCGUCAAGCAGGCGCUUGCAAGGGGCAAGUGCUUUGAGCACGGCGGAGGCACAACUUGUGAGCGUGAAGGCUGCGAGAAGAGAGCCGUAUCGGUUGGCUUGUGCGGUGAACACGGAGGGAGUGGAUUGUGCGUUUCACAUGGAGGUAGCAAGCGAUGUGAGCAUCCAGGCUGCACCAAGAAGGCUCUCCGAAGUGGGAAGUGCUUUUGCCACGGUGGAGGCAUAAAGUGCUCGAUCCAAGGCUGCACUAAGCAAGCUCUGAUCAAGGGAAUGUGUGUGGCUCAUAGUGGAAAUAUUGCUCCACAAGGUGCUAAAGGUCUGAGUGUUAAACACUUCGGACGAAAAUCCAGCGGGUUAUCGAAUGGUGUGAGUGGAGGUGAGGCACGAGACAACGGAGAAGGCCCAAAGUGUGCCCGCCCACGAUGCACUAACGCAGCUAUCAACAAGGGCCUCUGUAUCGAUCACGGUGGAUACGUUCCCUAUUCCGUUUCGGGGCGCGUGACGCGGGCUCGAGUGAAGGACAAGUGCUUGGCUCACGCUUAUCGGCAUCCUGGUUGUGCCAAACAGGCCAGAGUGGGUGAAAGGUAA